ACUAGUCCUGCGUAAGAAAGGUGUAUAUGUGCCUUUGUGUGUCCGUGUCUGUCUCGCGUUUCUAGAAGGAGCUUCCGAAAAGUCGAUAAUGUGAUAGCCGCCGACGUCUGUCUCCGUCUGCUGCCGUUGGUGGUGUUAGUAGUGGGGUAUGAUGUUGUCCAUCGCCUCGAUCGUCUCUCUCGCUCGUUGCUAGCACGCCACACCCUUCUGCUUUCCUUUAUGCUCUCGGUUUUCGUCCUUGCAAAAACCCCAUCUCGCUGCAGCAUCCCCCCGUCAUCAUCAUCAUCAUUGUCGUAGUAUGUGUGUGUGUGUGCGUUGAUUCCCCGAGCGUACUGACCUAUGCUCCGUAUGUCAAGUUUUGUUUAGAGAGGGAGAGAAACGUUUCAUCUCUGUUUCGCAACAUACGAUCUGUGGUCGUCGCCGCCACCACCGCAGCAUAUGUGGCCCGUAGUGAAGCAUAUCCAAAGCAUGCUUGGAUAAUCGUCUUGCCCAUCCAGUCGGUGUGGUGAAUUUAGCGAGGACAACGUAGGCAGAGCUCCAGCUAAUGCGCACCACCGAGAACUACCAUUAGUUACGGUAACCUGAGACCGCUAGCGCUAGGCGCUAGAUUGUAAAAGCACAAUUCGUCUGCUCCACACGUCUGCGAAACAUCAAGAAGAAAGAGAGAAGCGAAUGAAAAGCAACGAAAGAAACAACGCACCCAUGAAAGAUUAACCAACAGUCCGUGCGCAAGGGGCAAACUUAACUACGAGCGUGUUGCAGCAAGCGCAAGUGCACGACACAAUCGGACAGAACGAAUCUUACGUUCAUCUCUCUUGUCCCAUCACAAUUACAACUCAGGUCGUCUCAGGUGGUAAGCAACCGCAAACACACACACACACACACACACACACACACACACACACUCACACACCAUGAAUCGUGAUUGCGUCGUGCUUGGUGGCGGCCUGGCCAAGCUGAGGGGGCAGCCGUGGAAAUCGUUCAUAGAGAAGAUAGCGAACGGGUCGGCCGCAUUCAUUGUGGACAACGAUGAGGAAAGCGUACCGGGGCAGCAGAACCACGGGAAGGCGCACGCAGCCCCGGCGGGACAGAACAGCUUCCCGGCACAGACAAAGCAUGGCAGCGCGGGCAGCAGCAGUACCGCCCGCACCGUGCAAACGGACCGGCAGUGGGGCAGCGUGAUGCGGCUCGACAAAGCGGACAUGGGCCUGUACGGCAUCUGCCCCGAGACGGACCCGUUCUACGCAGUGAUCUGUGAUAUCUGUGGCAGCGUGGUGAAACCGCAGGGACUGCAAAAGCACAUGACCAACAGGCACCACUCGCUGAUCAACCACACGGCCAAGCUGAAUGCGAACGGAAACAGCAGCGCUAGCACAACCGCGGCCACUGCCGCUGGUGGCAAGGGUAACAACAGCAGCAGCAGCAGUGCGCUGGCGGAACAGCACCUGGGCAGCUACGCCGCGAGCGACAAGACUGAGGGCGGUAUGCUGCGGACCGGCGAACUAACGUCGGGCGGCCGCACCGACGGCAAAACGGUUUCCAGUUCCUACGACGAGCCGGCGCUCGAGCCGGCCGGCCACAACAGUGUGCCACCGCUGAAGGUGCGGUCGUCGGGCAGCGGCAAGGUGAAGAGUAAAAGCGCCAAAAACGCGUCCGGCGCGGGCUCGUCGUCCUCGUCGUCCACCUCCUCCAAAUCUGCCGCCAGCUAUGCCGGUAGUGGCAACAGCAACAGCAACAACAACAGCUCCCUUGCGUCCUCCUUUUCGAAAACGUCCAUCUCGGCGGCGCCGCACGGGACGGGCGAGAGUGCGGCCGAGCUUGGGCGCGAAUUUACCGCCGGCGGUGCGAUCGGCAGCAGCGGCGUGCCGCUAGUGCUGAUGAGCAACUGUUCCGGCGUGCUGGAAAAGAAGGCCACGUUUGCGAUCGCGGCCGGCAGUGAGGCUACUUCCGCCGCCGCAGCCGCCGCACCGAAAUCAUCCUCCAAGCGUGGCUCGAAGCAGGCUUCCUCCUCCUCCUCCAGUUCCUCGCCAUCCUCUUCGUCGUCCUCUUCAUCCUCGUCCUCCUCAUCCUCCUCCUCGUCGUCGAGCAGCAGCACCAGCAGCAACAGUAGCACCAGCAGCAGCAGCAGCAGUUCCGCCCCAGCACAACAGCCAAAGACGUCGUCCUCGUCGUCGGAUCGGAAGGCGGCGGACAGUGCCCGAUCGCGGGACUUUGACCCGGACCGGCACUGUGGCGUAGUUACGCCGGACGGCAAACGGCACUGCACGCGUCCCCUCACCUGCAAAUCACACUCGCUAUCGCAGCGUCGCGCCGUCCCGGGUCGGAGCAAAACGCUGGACAAACUGCUGGCGGAAAUGCGCGGCCACGGUAUGGCGGGUGGGGCGACCGCCGCGAAGGACGAUGCCGGCGGGUUCAUGGAGGUGGUGGAAUCGAACAGCAGUUCGUCAACGGGUUUCGAGGACAGGCGGAGCAGUGCGGCCGGUGAAACCACUGCCCGAUCCGCCUCCCUGCCGACUGGAACGCCAGCGGACGGUGGUAAAAGCUCACACCACUCUUCGCACGGUUCGUCGUCCGGCAGUCAAAAGUUACCGGCGGGUGAGGGCAGAACCGAACGGUCGAAGCAUAAAACGUCCUCCCGGUCACACAGCUCGACGGGUGGAUCGUCGAGCCAGUCGUCAAAGUCAUCCAACGUGCACCAUCGGUCCAGUUCGCUGAAGUCGAGCCAGUCGAGGGACGGCCCUGCCCAACAGGCCCAAGCAAACGCCACCGCCCUGCCUGCCACAAUCCCCCAGCAGCAGCUCGGGGGGCUAUCCCAGCAGCAGCAGCAAAUGGUCAUGCCGAACACUGGUUCCGAACUGCUUGCGUCACAGUUUCCCAGCGACGAUCCGGUUGCCACGGGUGCGGUCCUACCCGAACACACCUCGAUUGUAAUGGAUCCGAGUACGAAUCUCCUGAAGCUGUCCGUCGCUCCCGAUGGGAGCGAUGGCAGCUCGCAACAGUACGGCGCGACCAGUCUGAUGCAGGCCGACGGGUUAACGGUCACCCUUCCAUUAUCUGUGAUAUCCUCAAUGAAUCUGGGCGGUACGAAUUUGCUCAACAUGGCGCACGGUGCAUCGGCGGCAGCAGGGACCGGCGAUGGACAGCUCGUUUCCGGUGCAGUAGUCAGCACAGGAACCGGGCCGAACGCAAUGCUGCCGCCCGGUGUGGUUGAUUGCGGUGCCGGGGGUGAACAAACCGCGUUCAUUCCUGCCGAGCUGAUAGACCAGAUUCCGCUCGUUGCAGCGAACGGGACCGAACUGCAUGAUCCGAACGCGGCCUACCGGUUAGCCACGGCGGCAGGAGCCGCCACAGGGUCCGCGAAUGGGCUGGGCGAUCUCACGCUACCAUCGUACAGCGAUCAGAUCAACUACACGCUGCAAACGAUCGCACAAAAUCUGGCCCAAUCGGCCGACGCGGUACAGCAGCAGCAGCAGCAGCAACAGCAGCGUCAGUCGUCCCAGGUCGAUUUGGUCGACAGUAUCGAUGAUAUCGUGCCGACGAUAAACCUGCUCCCGACCGCAACCAACCCGCUGGUGCUGCCGCAGCUGCAGGGCGAUCUGGCGGACUCGAUCAUCCUGACGCCGAAUCAGCUCACCAGCCUGUCGCUCGUCGAGCAGCACUUUAUCGACAAUCUGUCCGGGCUGAAGACGGAGCUCGACCCACUGACCGUGAACAGCCCGGUCGAUCUGUCCAAGCUGAUGCUGCUCAAGAAGGUGGACGAGGAGUUUCUCAAAGAGCGGCAGCUGCAGCAGCAACAGCAGCAGCAACAGAGCUUCCCGAUCGAGCAGCUGGACGAGGGUGGGCGGGGCGUUAAGAUGUGGUACAGCUCGCUGCCCAAGCCGCUGCACGUGAACAACUUCCAGCUACGCCGGCUCGCCGGCGGGUACGCCAUGAACCGGAAGCUGCUGAACGUGCGCCGGAAUCUGCUGCAGGAGACGGCGCUGGACGGGAAACGGUUAACGUCGCCGAGCGGUACGACCGGCACGCCCCACUCGCCGCUCGGGUCGGGCAGUGCAAGGACCGGGAUUGGUGGCCGCACCGGGAGCGACAUACUGCUCGCUUCGCUAGCAUCCCCAACCGGUGCCGGCAGCAAGGCGAAAGGGAUCGAUCCGACCGGCAGCAUGAACGGUGGUGGCUUGGGAAGCCCGGGCAGUUUUGGUGGUGGUGUGGGAGGAGGAAUCACGGGCGGUGGGCUGAAUCGAAGCUCGCUGCUUCGCGGUCAACGGCGGCUCAUUCUCACGCCGCCCCAGGGACAGACGGAGAAACCGUCCUGCCUGCAGAGCAAUGCGUACUUCAAGAGUCUUAUCUCGUCGAUGCAACAAACCAAGGAGCAGCAACAGCAACAGCAGCAGCACGGCAACAGUGUUGCGGCAAAGACCGAGGGUGGUAGUGUUGCUGGGUCGGGCAGCGUGCCACCCGAGCGUACGAUGCAUCCGCUGAAGAGGAGUGCUUUGUCGCUGACAACGCUAUCGAACAAGCGCAUGAAGAUCAUCAACAACCUGCACAACUCGCCGGUGCCGCCGCCGGUACUACUGCAAGGCAGCAGUAGCGCAAACAGCGGAAAGGUAAAGUCGAAAGUAUUAUAAUUGCUGCUCAUGCUGAUCAUCAUCCGCCGGAUGAUGGUGCCUGUCGACGUCGCCGUCGCCGCCGCUGCCGCCGCUGCUGGUGAUCCUAAGAAGGGGAAGAAAGGGCGCAAACCGCUGGUCCGCCGCCGCUAGGGCCGGUCGGUGUGUUGUAGGUUAGAAACCAAAAGUUUGCACGCAAAGAAGAAUCCGACUGGCGUACUAUCCGACUAUACAGGCCUCUCUGCAAAUGGCAAAUGGUAAGCCGGAGCCGGAGAAGAGAGGCAUAAAAGACAUUAGUGCCGCGGUACUGUUUAAAUUAACACCUUUUUUAACCAAACGCUUUUUCCCAUAAACAAAAACCGUACCUAGGGGACAACCUUUUCUAACCAGGUCUAAUUCAAACCUGGUGUUGCAUUAUCGAACAAGUAAUACAUAGCUAUACGAAACAAAAUAUGGAUGGGGAAAAACACAGGAUCACCAGGAAGACCCCGUAUCUACCCUUUUCAUCGGUACCGAUGGAAGUUCUAAACGCUUUUCCACACUUUUCAUCGUAUGUGCGUACGUAUUGAUGUAUGUGUGUGUGUGUGUGUGUGUGUGUUUUUUUUUUGGUAAGAAAUAUGUAAACCAACAUCCCACGGCUAUUCUUCGCCCUUUCGUGUGUCCCAGCGCGAGUGUGUGUGUUUGUGUGUGCGUGUUUGUAUGCAUGUAAAUUGUUGCCGAACGCUGCAGGGCAAAAGCAAGCAGCAAAGCUAAACAUAAUUUAGGCUACUAUGAUUUAUCAGAAAGCGUAAGCAUGUGCGUGUAUGCGUGUGUGUAUGUGUGUAAGGGUCCUACGGCAGAGUGCGGCUCGUCGGAUAGGCGCUUUCUUCUAAGCGAAGGAAUCCGUUUCAAAGGGAGUGUGAUAGCUAGUUUUUUUUAGGUUCCGGUAGUUUCAACUUUAACGUAUUUUUAGGGCUAUUAAUGCAAGACUACAUACCUACUUUAAGUAACAAUGAAACAAACAAUAGUUAUCGAAAGAAAGAAAAAAAAAGAAACACAGAAUCUAGACUACACAGAGAAUAACAUAGACUGCAAACAUUGUUCUUUUGACAUUGGUUGAGAAACAAAUGCAACUAGUAGUAUAAAGCAUUACAAACAUUACAAUAGUUCGGAUCCAACAGGUUACAGGUGUUGCGUCUAGAGUCCACGGCUGAUGGCAAAUAAAGUUAGUAAAAUAGCAGAUGCGCUUACAAAAUAAUAAAAAAAGAUAAACCAAGCUAGAAUAAAGCCGGGCACAAAACGGAAAUCCACUGAAGGUAGUACACCAGGCUGGCUGUCCGUUGAAAAGAUUUGUAAAGUGGGAUUAACCCGUACAUCAAAAGACUUCAACGAUAGUGAAGAGAUGAAACCGAAUGGAAGAGGAAGUAAAGACUUGAGCGCUUGCAGUUUAAAAUCCUAUCGGAAGAACAAGAACCAACCGUUGUCAGUGAUGGCGCCCCAUAACAAAAGAUAAAUGAUUGCAUUGAGCAAGUUUCGUACAUCUCUACUACCGACGACCGUUGGCGGGUGAGAUGUUGGUUACUCUCAUUGCCAGAGUAACUCUGCCCGUGUGUAUGCAUGACUGAAUUUAUCUAGCUACGAGUAAAUACACUUACAAUUGUCUCAAAUUGUCAGUUUCCCGGUCCAAAACCGCUCCGCGCCGGUUGGUAUGGUGCAGGUGCAAGACCACUUCCCAUCGUUCGUUGACACAAGUUUUCGCUUCAAGGUGUGUUCUCAAUAUCUCAACUUUAAAAUGCUAUUAAUAAACGGUGGUUCAAUCAGUAUCCUUA